AUGCCCGAUACUUCUCUUCCGGGUCCCGGUUCUCCGAAGCAUGAUAUCCGCCAGAAAACCCCUUUGCCUGCAUCGUCCCUGAAAGACUCCUCCCUCCCUUCACAAAACUCAUCACCAUCAAGCCUUCCAUCCUCACCAACUACAGUUAAAUCAUCUUCCGACGCGCCUAAGGGGAAGGGGAAGGCGGUCAAAGAUGAUCGCGAUUCUCCCUCAUCAGAAGCGAAGGGCAAGUCGCUCAAGAGACGUCCCAGCACAACAGCCUUGCACCUGGAGCAAUACAUAACACGCGAUCACCUUCACGCAGCAGCGCUCAUCUCGCAGACAGAAGCGUCACACGACCUGAUACGUAGUAAACGACGCGAAGCAGAAUACUAUCAGUCCCUGCGACGCGAGCGCGUCCACAACCCCGGUGCGAUAUUUGGUUACGGAUAUCAAGGCUAUGGGAACGGAUCAACCAACGGCAAGGCGCGGAUUUUGUACCCGUGUGAACGGAAAAGGCCAGGCGCAAGGAAGGCGCGGGAGCUGAGGCUAACACGGACGCAGCUACAAUCUCAAGCCGACUUGCUUGAAGCAUUAGUCCCCAUCAGGCUGGACAUUGACUAUGAUAAAAUUAAGUUGCGCGAUACAUUCACAUGGAACAUGCAUGAUCGAACGGUACCGCUGGAACUGUUUGCGGAGCAGCUUGUGGAAGACUUUCAUCUGCCAUUAACACCGCAGUUGGUGCACAUGGUGUCGAAUUCGAUACGAGAUCAGGUUACGGACUACCAUCCCCACAUCUUCUUUGUGGAUGAUCCGUUAGAUGUAAAUCUACCGUACACCGCAUACAAGAAUGACGAUAUGAGGGUGCUCAUCAAGCUUAACAUCACAAUUGGACAGCACACACUUGUGGAUCAGUUUGAGUGGGAUAUCAACAAUCCCCUCAAUUCCCCUGAGGAAUUUGCCCAGCUCCUUACCCGUGACCUAUCGUUAUCAGGCGAAUUCACAACAGCUGUGGCACACUCCAUUCGUGAACAAGCUCAAUUAUUCACUAAAUCGCUUUUCAUUACCGGGCAUCCGUUUGAUGGACGCCCUAUUGAAGACGAAGACAUUCGUUCUGCAAUGCUUACCUCUCCCCUACCAUCCAUCUUUCGUCAACCUGUACUCGCAAAUCACUUUACACCAAUGCUGUACGAGCUUUCUGAUAACGAGAUGGACCGUGCUGAAAAAUCACUGUCCCGAGAGCAGCGACGGAAACGUCGUGUCAACCGUCGUGGUGGGCCACAGCUUCCCGAUCUCCGGGAAGUACCAAAAACACAUAGGUCCCAGAUUGUUUCGAGUGUUUUGCCAGGUGCGGUACAAGAAAUUUCGGAACUAAAGAGGAGCAUGACCUCUAAGGUAGUCAAGGAUGGCGAAUCCGACGACGAUUCUUCGGAGAGUGAUGCGGAGGAGACUCCCCCUGAGAAGGCAAUCCCAGGGUAUGCCAAUAUGACCAAACGUCAGCGUAUUGCUGCGCAAAACGCACUCCGGUCCUCAACCGGCCGCUCAGCAACCCCAGAAGUCUCCGGAUUCCACCGAGACCAUCAUACUCCUCUCUCUCUAGUCCAUACCCAUCAUUACCCAACCAUGACUCGUCGGCCGGGAGUCCCUAUGCAUCUUGAUAGUGCACUUAUAAAGCUCAAGAUCAACAAAGAUAAGCUUGCGAAGCUCAUCGCAGAAAAUGAACGCCGGGAUAAGGCGAAGGCCGCACAACAAGCCGCUGCUGCCAAUGCCGCUUUCCAGCAGCAACAGCAAGCUCGUCAACCGAUUACCCCGCAGCAGCAGCAAACUCCGGCACCCGCUGCAGCGAUGAUGCCGCCUGCUACCCCAGCAAAUGCUUCUACCGCUCGGCCAGCUGCAAGCCCUGCAACACCUGCGGCGCCCUCUCCCUCUCCAGCUGCGUCGGCAACACCCGCUGCCGCCACCACCCCUGCCACACCGUCUCGCCCAGACGCAUCAAACCCCGAUCCGGUUCCUGAAUGGCUCACUCAGGCGCUUGCCGUGCUUCAAAAAUCAUACAGCCAGGAUAAUUUUGAAGGAAUGAUGCGACAAACUGCGUAUGAUGCAGCCGACCAGCAGGUCACACAGGCUGGCGCAGGCGUCAAAUUCAGGUGGAUGCCCAGGAUCAGAUGCCACGAUUGCCCAGGCAAACUAUACACCCCCGGACCAGAUAAGACAGUAGAAAACUUCCUCAUGCAUUUGAAGAAUCGAGGACAUAGAGAGAGAGUUGAUGCAAGAAUUAGUAAGGCUGCGUCAAAAGCAGCAGCCAGUGGAGUGGCUUAA